UGAUACAUCUCCAAUAUUUGAGCCAUUAAAAGGAGUUAAGUGUUUGCGUACCUUCUUUCCAGUGUCUUUACCACCAUAUGGUGUUUGGAAUGUUGGAUAUGUAAGCAAUAAGGUUCUAGAUGAUUUACUGCCAGCACAAAGAUGUUUACGGGCAUUUUCAUUGUCAGGAUACAAAAACAUCACUCACUUACCUGAUUCCAUUGGUAACCACAUGCAUUUGCGUUACAUUGAUCUCUCUUAUACGGCAAUUAAAAGGUUACUAGAUACAGUGUGUACUCUCUACAAUUUACAAACUCUAUUGUUGAAAGGUUGUUCUUCUCUUGUUGAAUUGCCUGCAGACAUGAGGAAAUUGAUUCAUUUGCGUCAUCUUGAUAUUGGUGGAACUAACAUAAAAGAGAUGCCUGUGCAUAUGGGUAGACUAAAAAGUUUGAGAACACUGACGGCUUUUGUGUUGGGGAAAUCUACUGGGUCAAGCAUUGCAGAGCUGAGGGAGUUGUCGCACCUUGGAGGAAAAAUUUCUAUCUUGAAUCUGCAAAAUGUAGUCGGUGCUAUUGAUGCCUUGCUGAAGGAUAAGAAAGAUCUCAACGAGGUAGAGUUGUCAUGGGGUGAUGUAGUUUCCGAUGAUUCCGUAAAAGAGAGAUGUGCUCGAAAGAUUUCAACCUUCGGUAAAUUUGGUGAAGCUAACCAUCAGGUUUUAUGGCGGAAUUAGUUUCCCGAAUUGGGUGGGAGACUCGUCCUUCUCCAACUUACAAGUGAUGCGUCUCAGUUACUGUGGUAAUUGCAGUUCAUUGCCACCAGUUGGUCAGCUACCAGCUCUGAAAGAGCUCUACGUAGAAGGGAUGAAAGUUGUUAAGAGUGUUGGUGUUGAGUUGUACGGGGGAAAUCAACAAUUUCAAUGUUUAGAGAAGCUGGAGUUUUGGGAUAUGCCAGAGUGGGAGGAAUGGCAGCCUAGUCCAAGUGGAGGUGAAAGUCCAAAGUUUCCUCGUCUUAAGGAGUUGAAAUUAUCCAAUUGUCCGAAGCUGAGAGGAAACUUGCCCACUCAUCUUCCUUCCUUGAAAAUCCUUUGGGUCUGUGGAUGUACGGUUCUACAUGAAAACAGGGCCAGUAAUACCCUGAACACGGAAUCCUUACGAGGAUCUCUUGAAGAACUAAGAAUAGAUGGAUGCCCGGGUCUCUCAUUGUUACUAGAGUUGACGGAGACGCUGCCGUCGCUUCAGAGUCUUUCUAUUCUCAGUUCCUCACUCUUGUCGCAAAUGGUGCACAAAUGCAAUCGUCUUCAAAGUUUGAGUUUAUAUGAAUGUUCCUCACUCUUGUCAUUCCCUACAAAUGGUCUGCCUAACACGCUGACGUCACUCACUAUUUUCCUCUGCGAGAAAUUAGAAUUCUUAUCACGUGAGAUGAUGGCCAAAUUGACUUCCCUUCAGUCUUUGCGUCUAGACCGUAGCUGUGAUUCUCUGAGGUCGUUCCCUUUGGGCAUUUUCCCCAACCUUUCAUCUCUUUUUAUCCAAAGUUGUCGGAAUCUGGAAUCCCUUUCUGUUGAAGGAGGAGCAGAUGAAAAUCUCAGCCAUCUCAACUCCCUGCGUAUAUGGAACUGUCGAAAUCUUGUCUCUUUUGCCGACGGGGGAUUGCCCACUCCCAACCUCACUUCCUUUGAAGUCAUACACUGCACGAAUUUGAAGUUGUUGCCGGACCGAAUGCACACCCUCACCGCCCUUCAACGUUUGGAGAUGCAUGAUCUUCCAAAUGUGGUGUCAUUUGCACAAGGGGGUUUGCCUCCCAACCUACAAUCAUUUCGGAUCAGCUGGUGUGAGAGACUGAGGCCUUCAGUGGAGUGGAGAUUGCGAGGACUUGCCUCUCUUCAACAAUUUCGGAUCUCAGGAUACAAGGACCUGGUGGAGACGUUCCCCAAUGAACAGCUGCUCCCUGCCACUCUUCACACUCUCGAAAUCUCUUCUGUAUGGAAUCUGAAAUCUUUGGACGGAAAGGGACUUGAGCACCUCACUUCUCUUCAACACCUAAAAAUUGAAAGGUGCGAGAGUCUCAAAAUCCUGCCAAAAGAGGGUUUUCCAGCAUCUCUUUCUUAUCUGGAGAUCCGGGGUUGUCCUUCUCUGAAGAAGAGGUAUGGGAACAAGAAGGGAAAAGAUUGGAGAAACAUAGCUCGCAUUCCUUUCAUAAGGAUAGAUGAUGAAAUCACCAUAUGAGCUUUUCUUAUAUGAUUCUACUGCAUGACAAGAGCGAGCGAGCAAGCAAACCUGUAAAGAUAGGAUUAUCAAAUGGUGCUCAGAUUUUCUGGACCGUCAAUUUUGAAAUAUUUUGGACGGAAAUGGACUUUCAACACCUCCCACUCUCGCAGUUCCUUCCAGGACAGGGACCUCUAGACCUCAGCUCUCUUGAACAGCUAUAUAAAGAUUGAAUGUAUCUGAGGGAAAACGAUGUUUGCUUACAUCAACCACUCAGGUACUUGUGUGUAUAUAUAUCUAUACUUCUGUGGUUUCCAUAUGGCGGAAUGCUUA